GGGGGGGGGGGAGGGGGAGAUGGUCCAGCAGACCAACAACGCGGAGAACACCGAAGCCCUCCUGGCCGGCGAGACGUCGGACUCCGGGGCCGGCCUGGAGCUGGGCAUCGCCUCCUCCCCCACGCCGGCCUCCGGCGCGCACACGGGGGGCCGGCCCGACGACCCCGGCUGGUGCAAGACUCCCAGCGGACACAUCAAGCGGCCCAUGAACGCCUUCAUGGUCUGGUCGCAGAUCGAGAGGAGGAAGAUCAUGGAGCAGUCGCCGGACAUGCACAACGCCGAGAUCUCCAAGCGCCUGGGUAAGCGGUGGAAGCUGCUCAAGGACGGGGACAAGAUCCCCUUCAUCCGAGAGGCGGAAAGGCUGCGCCUCAAGCACAUGGCCGACUAUCCCGACUACAAGUACCGCCCCAGGAAGAAGGUCAAGUCCGCCAACGCCAACGCGCCGCCCUCCGGCCCGGCCGCCAAGCCGGGGGACAAGGGCGGAGGGCCCGGGGCGCCCCGACCCGCGCCCAAAAAGAGCGGCGGGAAACCGUCCUCGCCGCCCGCCAGGACCCCCGCCUCGUCUUCGGAGGCCGAAGCCCCGACGCCUCCCGCGCCGCUCCCGGCCUCCUCCCCGGCGGACAAGAGAGCCAAACGGGGGAUGCCCGCCGUCGCCUCCUCCUCCUCCUCCUCCUCCUCCUCCUCCUCCUCCGCGCAGCCCUCCGCGGCGGCGGGCGACCCGCUCCCCGCGCCGAGGCCUCCGUCGCCCGCCACGUCCAGCGCGGCCUCGUGCCCGUCGUCGUCGGAGGAGGACGAGUUCGACGACGACCUGCUGGAUCUGCGGCCCGGCCCGGGCUUCGAGAGCAUGGCCCUGGGCGGCCUCGGCUCCUCUUCCUCCUCCUCCUCCUCCUCCUCCUCCUCCUCUUCCUCCUCUUCCUCCUCUUCCUCUUCUUCCUCCUCUUCCUCGGCCCUGGACCGGGACCUGGAUUUUAGCCUGGAGGCCGGCUCCGGCUCCCACUUCGAGUUCCCGGACUACUGCACGCCCGAGGUCAGCGAGAUGAUCUCCGGGGACUGGCUGGAGUCCAGCAUCUCCAACCUGGUCUUCACCUACUGACCUUGGGAGGACACGGGCACCUCCACCCACCCGCCUCCCCCCGGGAAGACAGGAGAAGAAAGAAAAUCAGAGGAAAAAUGCCGCCCGCUCCCUCCUCCGUCCCCUUUGCAUGGACCUCCU